UCUGCUUUAUCUAAUCGAAUUGGGGAUGUAGCUCUUCUUUUAGCUAUUGCUUGAAUAUUAAAUUAUGGAAGAUGAAAUUAUAUUUUUUAUUUAGAAGUUAUACAAAAUGAAUUUGAAAUAUUGAUAAUUGGAAGUUUAGUAAUGUUAGCUGCUAUAACUAAAAGAGCACAAAUUCCUUUUUCUUCUUGGUUACCAGCUGCUAUAGCAGCUCCUACUCCUGUAUCUGCUUUAGUUCAUUCAUCAACUUUAGCAACAGCUGGAGUUUAUUUAUUAAUUCGGUUUAAUAUUAUUUUAAGAACUUCUUGAUUAGGCCAGUUGUUACUUUUAUUAUCAGGUUUAACUAUAUUUAUGGCUGGAUUGGGGGCUAAUUUUGAAUUUGAUUUAAAGAAAAUUAUUGCUUUAUCUACUUUAAGACAAUUAGGUUUAAUAAUAAGAAUUUUAUCUAUAGGAUUUUAUAAAUUAGCUAUGUUUCAUUUAUUAACUCAUGCUUUAUUUAAGGCUUUAUUAUUUAUAUGUGCUGGAGCUAUUAUUCAUAAUAUAAAUAAUUCUCAAGAUAUUCGUUUAAUAGGAGGAUUAAGAAUUCACAUACCCUUAACGUCUGCUUGUUUUAAUGUUUCUAAUUUAGCUUUAUGUGGGAUACCUUUUUUAGCUGGAUUUUAUUCUAAGGACAUAAUUUUAGAAAUUGUUAGAAUUAGAAAUAUUAAUAUAUUUUCAUUUUUUUUAUAUUUUUUUUCCACAGGUUUAACUGUUAGUUAUUCUUUUCGAUUAGUUUAUUAUUCUAUAACUGGUGAUUUAAAUUGUGGAAGUUUAAAUAUGUUAAAUGAUGAAAGUUGAGUUAUACUUCGAGGGAUAUUAGGUUUAUUAAUUAUUAGAAUUAUUGGAGGGAGAAUAUUAAAUUGGUUAAUUUUUCCUAUUCCUUAUAUAAUUUGUUUACCUUUUUAUUUAAAAUUAUUAACAUUAUUUGUAUGUAUCUUUGGAGGUUUAUCAGGUUAUUUAAUUUCGAUAAGAAAUAUAUAUACUUUAAAUACAUCUUUAUUAAAUUAUAAUUUAGUUGUUUUUUUAGGGUCAAUAUGAUUUAUACCAUAUAUUAGAACUUAUGGAAUAAUUUCUUAUCCAUUAAAUUAUGGUCAGUUAGUGGUAAAAAGUUUUGAUCAAGGUUGGUCAGAAUAUUUUGGAGGUCAACAUUUAUACCAAAAAUUAACUGAUUAUUCAAAAACUUUAUUUUUAAUACAUAAUAAUAGUUUAAAAAUUUAUUUAAUAUUAUUUGUAUUUUGAAUUUUAAUUUUAUUUAAUUUUUUAUUAUUUUUAUA